AUGCAGCAGCUUACAAUAUUUAUGGAUAUAGAGAGUUCGCGUUCCUAUAUUGAUGAGCUAUAUUCGUCAAAUCCUGAAAAAGUUAUGGAAGCAUUAGUGACUUUAAAGAAUUCAGUGAUAGGUAGCAAUAGGCAGAAGAGAUCUGUUAUACAACAAGGGAUAGUACCUAGACUGCUCCAACUGAUGACUGAUGAUUCUCUUGAUCCAAACAUACGAUUGGAGGCAACAAUCACGAUAGGAUCUUUGGCAAAAGGCACACAAGAAAAUGUAGCGUCUUUAGUAGAACAUGGUUCAACUAUAGUGUUGGUACAACUGUUAAGAGUUGUCCCAACUGGUACCAAAAUUGCAGAAGCAUGUUUAUGUGCUUUAAGAAGUAUCUUUCAACAUCCUCCAGCUCCCAUUGGUUCAUUGCCUGCCGAUAUGAUGCUUCUGACCAGAUUGAUAGAGAUAGCACAGGACGGUUCACCGACAGCUAGAGCGUGUGUAGUACGUAUCCUCUCUAUAUGGUGUGGUGGGCCCGUGGAGCAAGACGCACUAUGUGCAGCGGGCGCGUGUACCGCCAUAGCGGCGCUCUUAGCAUGUCGGGGGUUCUCUUCACCGCCUCUAGCUAGAGCAUUACCUGCCUUAGAUCUCUUGGCUGCUAUGUGCUUUGAAAAUGGAAAUGUGUGUGAAGUUGUCCUUAAGACUAAACAUGGUGAUAAAACAAUUCCUGAACUGUUAACGAUGUUAGUGUCAAGGGCUAAACCGCUACCAGUCGCAAUGGGAGCAGCAAGGUGUCUCACCUUCAUACACCGGGCGGGGGCGUUACCCGCAGAUGAUAACGGAGUUGUGUUUGGAGCUUUACCAUGUCUUGCGCGGCUGUGUACGAAAGACAUGCCCGAAGAUAUUAGAGCGACAGCCGCCGAAACCUUAGCGUAUUUAGCAGAAGUGGACACAUCCCUCCAAAGGCUAGCAGCGAUAUCUAACCACUUGAUGACGUCAUUGGCGGACAUUGUGAACUGCCCUUCGGCCGCGGCCAAGCAGGGCGCCUUCAAGUGCUUCGCGUCCCUCGGGGCCAACGACGAGGAUAUACGCAAGCGCAUCAUAGAAACCCAUGGACUCAUGGUGCAUGUGGUCAAUGGCAUGACAUACCAGGAGCCUUCGGUGAGAUUAGCGGCCGUGAGAUGUCUCCAUUCACUGUCAAGGUCGGUGCAGCAGUUACGGACGACGUUUCAGGACCACGCGGUGUGGCGGCCGCUGAUGGAGCUGCUGACGGACGAGCCGGGCGCCGAGCUGCUCACCGUGGGCUCCUCCACGCUCUGCAACCUGCUGCUGGAAUUCUCGCCGGCCAAAGAGCCCAUGUUAGACCAAGGUGCUGUAGAAAUGCUGUGUAAUUUAACGAAAAGGCCAGAGGCAGCUUUACGAUUGAAUGGUAUUUGGGCGCUCAUGAACAUGGCUUUUCAAGCAGAACAGAAAGUAAAACAACGUAUUCUAAGCUGUUUGGGGACAGAGCAAAUGUUUAGGCUAUUAGGUGAUGGGGACACUAGAGUUAUAAUGAAAACACUCGGUUUACUGAGAAAUUUGUUGUCCACGAGGCAUCACAUCGAUGCCAUCAUGGCGGAAUACUCCUCGCAAGUUAUGCAGGCAGUGAUAGUGGUGUUAGAAGGUUCAUACCCCGCUGAGGUGAAGGAGCAAGCUCUUUGCAUUCUCGGGAAUAUCGGUGACGGAGAGAAGGCGAAAGACUUGAUUAUGGCCAAUGAGGACGUGUUGAGGAAACUUGUCGAUUACUUGGCGCACCCCGAGAGCAAGCUGCAGGAGGCGGCGCUGUUCGUGGCCGGCAACCUGGUGUGGCGCGGCGAGGCGGGCGCGGCGGCGCGGCAGGCGCGCCUCGCCGACCUCGGCGUGCUGCGCGCGCUCAAGCUGCUGCGCGCGCGCCACGACGCCGCGCACCUGCACGACAAGUCUGUCACUACACUAUAUCUA